AUGGCCCUCUUCGCAAACACUCAGCUGUACCGCCACAAAAAGGCGGGCUACAGCCGCUUCUGCAAAGACACGCAGACUCUUUACAACCAGAUCCAGGCCGAGACCGCGUCUGACGCCGACAUUACCAACUUCAUUAACCUCGUCGAAGCCGAGGAGCGCCUCUUCCGCCUCAUUAAGUUCAUCAUGCUCGACUUCGGCAAGCCCGUAACGAUGCCUCCUCACCCACGCGCCGGCAUGGAGCGCAUCCGCAGCUACUUUCGUCAUCGUCUUGUCAUGCUUGAUGAUAGGUACAGGAACCUGUGCCCGGCCUCGUUCCGCCGCCGCGACAAGCUCCUGGUACGUAACGCGAUGCUCGAGCACUGGAAGCGCCUUCGUGUGGACAAUGGCCAACCUGCCAUGACGCCAGCAGAGGAGCGCAUGCGCAUUCUGAGCCUCAACAUGCUCACCGAACUUCCGCCGUCGACAGACACUGAGGUUAAUUUCGGUGCCACUGGCUCUGAGCUCUGGCAGUCGAUGCUCGACCAUAUCCAUGCCGAUCCCUACCUUCACGUUGGCGUAAUUCAGGCCGACGGCACCAUCAGGGAGAUCUAG